AUGUCGGUGAAGCGUGUUUUGGUUAUUGCAGGUUCUGACAGCUCAGGUGGCGCUGGCCUGGAAGCAGACCAGCGGGUUCUAGCUGCGCAUGGAUGUUAUGCGCUAACUGCGACCACUGGACUGACAGCCCAGAAUACUCUGGGUGUACAGGAUAUCUUCGUUGUUCCGGCUGAAUUUGUUAAGAAGCAAAUCAAUGCCGGUCUUGAAGAUAUUGGAGCGGAUGCCGUGAAGCUUGGGAUGCUUUCGUCCGCAGAGACAAUUGAUAUUAUUGCUGAAACGCUGGUGGCCCACCAAGUUCCGUCGGUGGUGUUGGAUCCGGUGAUGAUCUCUACGAGUGGCUCUAAACUACUACCUGAAGAGGCCGUAGAAAAAUUGCGGACGAAGCUUCUGCCACUGACGACCGUUCUUACUCCCAAUAUCCCCGAAGCGAAGCUGCUACUGAAGGACGCCGGUCUAGACGUAUCUGAGCCAGAGGGUCUCUCAGACGUCCUUCAGUUAGUCAAGCAAGUCAAAGCUCUAGGCCCCAAAGCUGUUCUCCUCAAGGGCGGACAUUUACCUCUCACCAAAGAUCAUAAAACUGCGCGCAACCAAGAAGAGGCUACCACCGUUAUAGAUGUGCUUUACGAUGGAGAAGAUGUAACACUCUUUGAGACAGACUUCUUAUUAUCUAAGAACACCCACGGCACCGGAUGUUCUCUUGCGUCUUCGAUUGCAGCCAACCUUGCCUUAGGCAAAGAUCUGAAGCGAGCAGUGCAUAGUGCUGUUCGGUUCGUCGAGGCGGGAAUCAAAACCAGCUUUGACAUUGGAAAGGGAAGUGGCCCAAUUAACCACUUCCAUUCGGUGUAUACGCUGCCUUUUGCGCCUGGUCGUUUCUUAGAAUAUGUCCUGGACCGCCCUGAUAUUCGCCCGGUAUGGAAGAAGUUUACCGAACAUGACUUUGUUUUGGGCAUGGGCAGUGGUACGCUUCCCGUGGAGAAAUUCAAGGAGUACCUAGUGCAGGAUUAUCUCUAUCUGGUCCAAUUCGCUCGAAGUAAUGCGCUAGCAGCCUACAAGGCUAAGAAUAUGGAAUCCAUUGCUGCAUCGGCACAGAUCGUCCUACACAUCCAACGCGAAACAGCGUUGCACUUAGACUACUGCGCCUCCUUCGGACUAUCAAAACAAGAGAUGGAAAGAACACCCGAAACUAUCGCCUGUACUGCAUACAGUAGAUACAUUCUUGAUGUCGGUCAAUCCGAGGACUGGCUCGCGUUGCAAAUGGCUCUUGCGCCUUGUUUGAUUGGAUACGGAGCCAUUGCCCAGAGACUGUACACGGACAAGGACACUCUUCGGCAGGGCAACCGAUACUGGAAGUGGAUUGAAAACUACGUUGCGGAGGACUACUCGGAGGCAGUCCGAUUGGGAUCUGAACUUCUUGAGAGACACAUGCGCGAAGUUUCUCCGAGCCGAAUGGAAGAGCUGAUUAAGAUCUUCAUUCGGGCAACGGAGUUAGAGAUCAGAUUCUGGGACAUGGGAUUGGACUUGGAUUCUUUACCCAAGUUUGAGAAGUCUUUCUACAAGGAGCACCCUGAUGUCGCCAGCCGGUCUCAGCGCGAUGUUGACGAUUUCCGUAAGAAGUUUGAGAUGUCUGUGCAAGGAAAAAACAUUCCUCGUCCCGUCGAGACCUUUGACGAGGCUGGUUUCCCCCAAUACGUGUUAAGCGAGGUUAAGGCUCAGGGUUUCGAACGCCCUACCGCAAUUCAGUCUCAGGGAUGGCCCAUGGCUCUCUCUGGUCGUGAUGUUGUUGGUAUCGCCGAGACCGGUUCCGGAAAGACUCUGUCCUACUGUCUUCCUGCUAUUGUCCACAUCAACGCUCAGCCCCUUCUUGCUCCUGGUGACGGCCCUAUUGUUCUCGUCCUCGCCCCUACCCGUGAAUUGGCAGUCCAGAUCCAGACCGAAAUCACCAAGUUCGGAAAGUCCUCUCGCAUUCGCAACACCUGUGUUUAUGGUGGUGUCCCCAAGGGCCCCCAGAUUCGUGACUUGAGCCGUGGUGUCGAAGUCUGCAUUGCUACUCCUGGUCGUCUCAUUGACAUGCUCGAGGCCGGCCGCACCAACCUCCGCCGUGUCACUUAUCUUGUUCUUGACGAGGCCGACCGCAUGCUGGACAUGGGUUUCGAGCCCCAGAUCCGCAAGAUCAUCUCUCAGAUUCGCCCUGACCGUCAGACUUGCAUGUGGUCCGCCACAUGGCCCAAGGAAGUUCGUCAGCUUGCUUCGGAUUUCCUCAAUGAUUACAUCCAAGUCAACAUCGGUUCCAUGGACUUGUCCGCUAACCACCGUAUCACGCAAAUCGUCGAGGUCGUGUCAGACUUUGAGAAGCGCGAUAAGAUGAUCAAGCACCUUGAGAAGAUUAUGGAGAACCGCGGCAACAAGUGCCUCAUUUUCACUGGAACUAAGCGUAUCGCCGACGAAAUCACUCGCUUCCUUCGUCAGGACGGAUGGCCAGCACUUUCUAUUCACGGUGACAAGCAACAACAAGAAAGAGAUUGGGUCUUGAACGAGUUCAAGACGGGCAAGAGCCCAAUCAUGGUGGCUACUGAUGUGGCUUCCCGUGGUAUCGAUGUUCGCGACAUUACUCAUGUGCUGAACUAUGACUACCCCAACAACUCGGAAGACUAUGUUCACCGUAUUGGUCGAACUGGUCGUGCCGGUGCCAAGGGUACCGCCAUCACUUUCUUCACCACUGACAACUCUAAGCAGGCUCGUGACUUGGUCACUAUCCUUACUGAGGCUAAGCAGCAGAUUGACCCCCGUCUCGCCGAGAUGGUUCGCUACAGCGGUGGCGGCGGCGGCGGCGGCCGUGGCGGCUAUGGCCGCUGGGGUGGCCGUGGUGGUGGUCGUGGCCGUGGCGGCAACUACACUGCUUCCAAUGCCGCUCCCCUUGGAGGCAACCGCCGUUGGUAA